AUGGCAGCCCCUGCAGCCAAGGCCUGGCCAGAUCUGGCGCCAGCGUCUGGCCUUGCCACGGUAUUCAAGAUGCCGCUUAUCAAGCCGGCGGCCGGCCCCGGGGCAAGCUUUCAGCUGGCAGUCGGUCAGUUCGGUGUCAGCUUGUUCCCCCUGGUGCCGCGUAUGCGCUUCAGCCAGGAUUGCCUUGCAGCUACCCUGUACCUCGUGAGUCUUGCUGUUGCCACACACCACCGCACAGUGUUCCUGUGCAUCUUUGGUGUCAUUGGCAUGAUCCCAUUUGCCACAGUGCGUGCCGGCAGCAACCCGGCAAUUUCGAACCCAAAUGGCAUUGCUGGCAUGCUCGUGUACGGAGUGGUGGUUCUUAAUUCCCAAUUUGUUGAUCCGCUGCGCAGCGUUUGGCGCGAGGUCGUGGCAAAUGUGAUACUGGUCGCUGUCAUAGCGGGCUUAGCUACGGCUUUGUCAGGGGCACUCGUCCUUCCAACUCUAGCAGGCGAUGAGCUUCGCGGCAGCAUUGCUGCCACCCUACGAGGCCUUGGGCAAAGCAUCUCUGGGUAUGCUGGCUUCAUUUUUGCGCCUGAUCAGCACGAGAUAGCCAUGCAGCGGCAGGCCACAAAGCGCACGCUGGGGAAGUUUGUGGACAUGCAUGGGGGAGAAGAGCCCACUGAGGAGGCUUUCUUUGAGGAGUUGCAGCAUGCCACAAAGCCACGGCUGCAGAGGCAGCUACCAAAGCCGGGGGGCCCUGGAGGAGUACUGGCUGGAUCCCUGCAGCCUCUCCUAGGCAAUGCUCGCAUGAGAUUGCGUGCGGCAUCCUGUGAGCCAGCUUUCCUGCAGAGGUCGCCCAUGGUCACCAGUGACUGGGCGGCGCUGAUAGCAGCAGUGGAGAAUCUCACGAUCCGUGUGGCAGCGCUAGAAUCACUACUGGAGGGCAGGUCCCAAUACCUGCGCAGCGCCUUCUUCCAGAAGUACUUUGGCGUGGAUCUGCUGCCCAGCUUCAGGCUGAUCCACAGCCUUAUAGCCGUCGCCUGCGCCAAGCUUGGCAAGGCCGUCAUGUGCCACCGCAGGAAGCAGGAGGUGCGGCUGAAGGUGAUGUUUGGGGACCAGUGGGGGGUGGUGCGAAAGGUGCUGACAGCGGACAUUGCCACGGCGCUGGACAGCUACUGGGCCAGGGUGAGGGAGGAGGAGAAGGAAGGCAUCUUCAUCACCCCAGCAGCCGAGAUUCGCGCGCUGCUUUUUGUGACGCUACUCACAGCUGGCAUAGUGGACUCCAUGGAGGAAGUGGAGAAGGCAGCGCUGAGCUCCAGGGGAGCGUUUGUGAAGGCCAUGAAGGACCGUUUUUUCCAAUUCUGGCUUAAAUUCUGGCUGACAUGUGCGGUGGUCCUGGUGCUGAUCCUGGUGCACUCAGACCUCUACACAGAAGUGCGGAAGUACUAUCCCUUCUACGGAUUUUUGAGCGUGCCCAUUGUGAUGAGCGAGCGGGUGGAGAUGACAAUUUCCAAGGGAGUGCUGCGGAUUGGGGGGACUGUUGUUGGGGGGACCCUAGGCUUCCUGGUCAUGCUGCGCUCUGGGCUGGCCACCAACCCUUACCUGCUCAUGCUGAUCGUGGUGACGGUGACAUUCCUGUUGGGUUUUGGCGGCCGCACGCAGUACCUGUACGCGAUAAUGCUGACGCUCAUCUCAGCCAACGCGCUCGUGCUGAGCCAAGCCACCAAGUUCUCCUGCACCUUCUGCGACGAGGCCGGCAGCGCUCACUACUACGCGGCGCGCGUGCUCUCCAUCUCCAUCGGCUGCCUUGCGGCCAUGCUCGCCUCCAACAUCAUCCUGCCCUGGUACGGGUCUCAGACGGCGCUGGACUUGUUGGCGGCUGCAUACAAGAACAGUUUUGAGCUGAUGGACGAGUACUGCCAGCACUUCUACCUGCUCAACCGCUCCGAGGCCGGCCUGGAACCCGACAAAGAGGUUGCGCCAUUCCCCACCACAGCGUUGCAGCAGCGUAUCGCGCUGCCUCUGAGUAAGGUGCAGAUGGCUUUGGCGAAGGAGAGCGUCCUUUGGAAGACGGGCUGGUACACCUUCCCAACAGCUGUGAAGCGCACUCUGGUGGAGCUGAUGGAUCUGCAGAACAGGCUCGCUGCACUUGAUAUCGUCGUCAGACAGGCAAGGCUCCCGCCCAGUAUAUCCGGGAGGUACACAGGGUCGGCGUUCAGGAACUUCAUGGGGCCUGCCAAGGUGGACUAUGACCGCAUGAUGGCCUCACUGGGGGCCAUGGUCAAGAGCGCCUGCUCCCUGCUCAGGGGAGAUGGUCAGGGAAGCUACGCGCAGCUCAAGGAGGACAUCAAAGCCUUGGAGGCCAACAGGGGGAAGCUGCGCGCGGUGUACCUGGCGCAGCGGGAGCAGUUGCACAACAACAUCAAGGCGGCAGUCCACAGGGAAGACAUCGUGACGCACGAUGACGCAGCGCGGUUCUUGUCGUGGAUGUGGACGUUCAUGAAGUCAGUGGACAAGGCGGAGGCGGUCGCGAAAGUGGUUCUAUUGGACGAAUGCCGCAAGCGCGAUGAUGUCUGGGCCUGGAUAAAGUAA